CCACAGUGUCACCAUGGGUUUGCCUCUCAACCCUCCGGCAGAUUCGGCUCGCUCGUCCCGCCACGCCCUCUCUCUCAUCGCCACUGCCCGCCCACCGGCCUUCAUCACCACCAUCGCCAGAGAGGUUCAUCGCUUCAACGCAGCUCAGGCCAACUCUCAGUCGCAGCAGAACGUUCACACCACCACUCUGGCCCGAGCCAAGACUGAGAUACUGCGAGUCAUCGAGAUCCUGAUCGAGAAGAUGCCCGGAGACGUGGUGGAUCUGCUGGUCGAGGUGAUGGAUAUCAUCAUGUAUUGUAUUGAAGGCUCUCUGGUGAAGAAGAAAGGACUGCAAGAGUGUUUCCCUGCUAUUUGCAAGUUCUACAUGGUUGGUUACUGUGACCGCAGUCACCGCAUCGCUGUUGGAGCUCGCCAGGGAUCAGUGGCCCUCUACGAUGUUCGCACCGGAAAGUGCCAGCAUUACUAUCCUUACAAAGAGAACAAACCAGCAAAAGCCAAGGAGACCGCGACUGAUAAAAGUAGCAAAGAGAAGAAGAAACCAAGUCAGAGAUUCUUCCAGUGCGUUUACGUCCCUGGUAGAAACGCACAGUACCCGUUACGACCUUUAACCCCGGCCAUGUCCCCCGCCAUGAGGUCCCCCUCCAUGAUGUCCCCCUCCAUGAUGUCCCCUGCCAUCAGGUCCAUGUUGGAGGAACAGCAGAAGACGGCUCGAGCGUCGGGACAAUAAGACAAACUCUCUGAAAACUGAAAACUCUGCAGCUCCCCGUCCAGCAGGGGGAGCCCUUUUUUAAAUCUGUGGAUCCUCAAACUCUGAGGAAAACCACAGACGGAUAGUUGAGAGAGGACAGAAAUAUUUUGUCUUUCAUUUAUUUAUGUAUAUUUCUCUCCAUGUGGUCGAGCUCCUGUUGAUAUCUCCCAUCGCUGCCAUGCUUUAGAUUUGAUGUAUUUUUUGAUUUAUUUUCUUGGUUGGCCCAUACAUGAACUUUGCUCAUUUCUUUUUCAGGCAGCAUUAUUUAAAUUAAACACAAUUAUCAAUGUAUUUUUUACAAAAAUCCAAACAAGGAAGAAUUUAUGUCAAUAAAAAAAACCAAAUAUUUGUCAUUUAGGCCAAAUUGAAUGAACACAUUGGCAUAAUGUUGUUUUUAGUUUACGUUUGUAGUCAAGUUUAAUAUUGAUGUAUUUAAUGUACAUAUGUUAUCUAAUUUAACAUAAUUGAAGGCGUUUGCUCUGACAAGAACAUUAAGCAUUUGUUUUGUUGCAUGAUACAUUUAAAAAACACAACAGAAUAUUAAUUUAUUCAGUCAUAAUUAUUUCAAAUGUGGAUAUUAUUUUGCAAAGAAACUUAAAAAACGUAUCAAAAAAUGAGAAUAAAUAUCGAAAUGGCUGGUAUCGGACAUGAUGGGAUUAACCAUGACUUGAAUGGGCAUGUUGCAUAAUUCAGAUUUUUUAUUUUACUAUUUACUUUUUAUCUUUAGCUAGUUUUAUCUUUUAUUUCUAAUCAUAGAUUCAAAUCACCCUUACCCUGCGUCCCGUAACGAGAGCAUGUUGUGUUUUAAAUGCACCAGGUUAGCAUGUUAAUGUUCGGAGGGUGAAAUCCCAGGAGCUCCCACAUCUGAUCCCAGCAUCCUCCCUGUCUCUGAUCCCGAGUCUCAUCAACAUGAUAAACGUUGGCAAAUGAAUAAUGAUGAUGCAUUUCCUUCUUACCUAAUUAUAGGCAGGAGUAAGGAGCCCAGUGUAUGGACCUGCAGGACAUGCUAAAAUUACACACUUCAUUUAAAUUAAAUUAGUUCUAAGAGAUCCUUUGACAAGACGUGUUAAAAUGCCAUUUCUGGAUGGUUUUCAUUCCCAGAAACAAAUGCAUUUAUUUUGAUUUUGAGAAACAGUUGCUAAUUUAACUUCAAAUAAGUGAAAAGAAGGGCUUGAAGUAAUAGUAUACAGGAUAUGAGAUCCGCAUCUAAUACUACUGAUAUGUUUAUAUUUGAGUAAUGUUCUUUUAGUAUAAAUAAUUGGCAAUUUUCCAAAUCUUUAAAGCCAGCUUUUUUCUUAAAAAUGUGUGUAGUUUUGGGUGUCAAUUUCCCAUAAUGCUGCAUAUUUUAUCACCCAGGAUCUCUAACAGUUUGAAUAUGAGCUUUAUUUAGACAUACAUAGUUAUUAUAACAUUUUCAGAGACAGGGAGUCUGCACAGGACAACUUUAAUGACCAACUAAUGAGACGCUGUGAUGUCUACAGUGGAUAAAUGUCAUGUUACUGAUCGGCUUAUUUACAGAGCUUGAUACAUGUUUUCAUAUGUUCUGUUACCUCACUCGCUUUGGUUUUGUACCUUGGCUGCAAAACUGUAGCUGAGCUUUUAUCUGCAAUUUGCUGUUGUCUUACUGAGUGAAAACCAGAGAACCAAAAGGGUGUUUUCACACUGUUAAUCCCGGGAUAACACACACAUUAGUCAAGGACUUGAUGUAGAGUUCGUCUAACACGUUGUUCACACUCACAGACUGAAAGUGUAAGAUUAUUUCUUGCAUGUUUUGCAGUGUGAGACACUCUUACCUAAAGUUUAACCACUAUUCCUUAUUGCAUGACUAUCCUAAACCUUUUCACGGUUAUUCCCCAAAAAGUCUUAAGGUGUGUUCAGACUGAACCCAAAAUUCUGAGGCGAUGCAGAUGCAUACAAAGUAAAAUGAAAAAUGUGAGUGCAGGAACAUUUGCAGAUUCAAUGAGUAAUGCAAACAUCCUAAAUCACUUCUAUUCAAGCAAAAAUAAUGCACUAAUCCUGCAGCGAUUAAUUUACUUACGGUACUGCUUCUAUGGGUGUCAAGAUAUACCCGUAUGCUAACCGUGAAAAAAGAGACAAUUGUGCAAUGAACAUGUUAUUUCCAGACAGCUUUAGUUUCUACCAAGCUAACAGCACAACCCAGUCUCACGGCAUUUCGUGUUAUAGUCACGAAAUUAAUCCUUUGAUUCGUGUUCACCAACACGAUUUCCAC